GUAUAAUAAAUUCGUAUGGUAAUUUAAAUAUUUAUCUUACGUCUUACUUGAGAUAUAAAGGGAACAAUGUGACAUACCGUGAUGUAGCUUUCAUAUAUGAGUUAACAAUAAUAACGUUGGGAAUUUUUAUGUUAGUAGGGAAUAUUGUUCAGAAAAAGUUUGGUGAGCGUAUAACUAUAUUGGCUUGUAGUUUAAUGACCUUUUUAGCUUUUUAUUUAUCUUCAGUUUAUGCACAUUCUUAUAUAUUGUUAUGUAUAUUUAUGGGUUUUUUUUAUGCGGUAGGAUAUGGUAUAUGUUUUACGAUACCUUUAUCAUGUGCUUAUAAACAUUUUAAAAACAAUCGUGGUUUUAUAAGUGGAAUAAUAAUAUCAGCUAUAUCCUUAAGUCCAUUUUUAUAUUGUCCCUUACAAACAAUGUUGAUUAAUAAAAAUAAUGUUUCUCCUGUCCAAAAGAAAAUAAAUAAUUCCACUGAAUAUUAUUUUGAUGAUAAAGAUGUUUUGAAUAGAGUUCCAAACGUUUUAUUUCUUCAAUCAAUUAUUUUUUUAAUCUUUUCUACUAUGGGAGGAUUUUUAGCAACCAUGGAAAUUAAAAUGGACAAUGAUCCAGAAAUUAAAAAGCAAAAAAAGAAUUUAUUAUCAGAGGAAAAAAAUUCUAAUACAAAUAAUGUUGAUAAAAAUAUUGUUGAUUUGGAAAAAAAUGAAGAAGGAUAUGUAGCUACUGAUAAAUAUAAAUAUAAUACAAAUACUGAUAGUAAUAAUAUUGAUAUAAAGAAUGAUCAUUCACGAUCAACUAAAUCAACGAAGAAAAAAAAGAAAAGAAAGUUUGGUUUUGGUUUUAUGAAUGAUGAUAAAAAUAAUAAUGAUGAUAAUGAUAGUAAACAAAAAGGAAACUCUCUUUUUGGUAUGUUAACAUUAGAUAGAAUAUUUGCAGAUAAUUAUAUUGGAAAAUAUUAUAAUAAAAAAUGUACAGAAGAUAAAUUCUUCUUUUUAUUAUGGAUAUCAGUUGUAUUAUUUAAUUGUUAUAUCAAUUUUGUUAUUAUGUAUUGGAAAAUUAUAGGUAUUAAUUAUACACAUGUUGAAGAUAAAUUAAUUACUUUAAAUGGAAGUUUUAUUAAUAGUUUAUCAAAUAUAGCUGGAAGAAUAAUAUGGGGAAUAAUUUAUGAUAAAAUUAAAAUUAAUUAUACUAUAUUCAUAUUAGGAAUAUGUAUUAUCUUCUGUUGUUUUAUCUUACCAAUUAUAUCACAUGUAUAUAUUUAUUAUGUUUUAGUAUGUGCUCUAUUUUAUUUCUGCAUAGGGGGUAGCUUUGUAACUAUACCUGUUAUUACUCUAAAAAAAUAUGGAGAAACACACUUUUCUUUGAAUAUGUCUAUUUUAUAUACAAGUAGAAUAGCUAAUACAUUCUUGUGUAGUAUAAUUGUUGCAUCCUUUUAUAAAAUGUUACAGUUAAGAUAUUUGAGUUACGCGUUUGGUAUAAUAUCAUCGGUAUCAACCUUACUUAUGUGUAUCUUGACAAAAUAA